CUGCUCGCUAAGGUCACUGCUGUCACUCCUCGGUAGCUGAAGAAGGAAGUGGAGGACACACAGCGAGGAAACGUGCAAAGAAAGACAAGAAAACAAGCAUCAUGUCUCUGUCUAACAAACUCACGCUGGACAAGGUGGACGUCAAAGACAAGAGGGUCAUUAUGAGGGUCGACUUCAACGUUCCAAUGAAGGACAAGCAGAUCACAAACAACCAGAGGAUCAAGGCGGCUGUUCCCAGCAUCCAACACUGCCUGGACAAAGGGGCCAAAUCCGUCGUGCUGAUGAGCCAUCUGGGUCGCCCUGACGGAAACGUUGUUCCUGAGAAAUACUCCCUGCAGCCCGUCGCCGCAGAGCUCAAGACCCUGCUGGGGAAAGACGUCACCUUCCUGAAGGACUGUGUCGGUGCGGAGGUGGAAGCCGCCUGCGCCAACCCCGCCACCGGAUCCGUCAUCCUGCUGGAGAACCUCCGCUUCCACGUCGCCGAGGAGGGAAAGGGCAAGGACGCCUCCGGGAACAAGACCAAGGCCUCUCAGGGAGACAUCGACUCCUUCAGGGCGUCUCUGUCCAAACUGGGAGACGUUUACAUCAACGACGCCUUCGGCACGGCUCACAGAGCCCACAGCUCCAUGGUGGGAGUGAACCUGCCUCAGAAGGCGGCCGGCUUCCUGAUGAAGAAGGAGCUGGACUACUUCGCCAUGGCUCUGGAGAAACCUCAGAGGCCCUUCCUGGCCAUCCUCGGAGGAGCGAAGGUGAAAGAUAAGAUCCAGCUGAUCAACAACAUGUUGGACCAGGUCGACGAGAUGAUCAUCGGCGGCGGCAUGGCCUUCACCUUCCUCAAAGUCCUCAACAACAUGGAGAUCGGUACCUCCCUGUACGAUGAGGAGGGAGCCGGCAUCGUUAAGGACCUGAUGGCCAAAGCAGAGAAGAACGGCGUCAAGAUCACGCUGCCCGUCGACUUCAUCACCGCCGAGAAGUUUGACGAGAAAGCCGCCACCGGCACCGCAACCGUCGCUGCCGGCAUCCCCGUCGGCUGGAUGGGUUUGGACUGUGGACCAGAGAGCUCUAAGGCCUUCGGGGAGGCGGUGGGCCGGGCCAAGCAGAUCGUCUGGAACGGACCAGUCGGUGUCUUUGAGUUCGACAACUUUGCCAAAGGGACGAAAAACAUGAUGGACAAAGUGGUCGAGGUGACCAAAACAGGCUGCGUCACAAUCAUCGGCGGGGGCGACACCGCCACCUGCUGCGCCAAGUGGAACACAGAGGACAAGGUCAGCCAUGUCAGCACAGGAGGCGGAGCCAGUCUGGAGCUGCUGGAGGGUAAAGUGCUGCCAGGUGUGGACGCACUGAGCAGCGUCUAAACUUUCCAUCAGCCCGCUGCUGUUUGCGUGAAUGUGCGAGGGUGUGUGUGUGUGUGUGUGUGUGUGUGUGUGUGUGUGAGAGAGGUGGGUAUCUGCUCCUGUUUACUCCUGAAACCUUUAACAACGAACAUCUGCUUUAACAGCCAUUUAGUCUUCUAUUCAAUCACGUAAAACCAGAUAUUGAGUUUAUUUGCCUCAGAUCUGUCACCGCUUUCCGUAACAUGUUCUGUCUUACUUUAACACACUGAGGAAAGAAAUCAUGCUUUAGAUCAAAUGGCCUGUUAAAGUAGAAGUUGAUUUUUGCCCAGACGUUGACCUGCUGAAUCAAACGGCUGAAACCCAUCAGGUACGGUGUAACAGUCACCUGAAUCUGGCUUAAAUUCGGCCGAUCGACCCUGAGAUACUUAAGCACUGGCUCUUGUGUGAAUGUUUGUGUAUUGCUGCGACAUUUUUGCAUAACCACCCACGUGGAAACAUCACUGUAACACCCACAGUAUAGACAUAAUAAAACGGUUCAUUUGAUGUA